UAAUACCUUAAAUAAAUCUAUUAAAAAUACAGGUUUCUUUACGGUCUGUGGACGUACAGAAAAAAAUGAUAAAGGCGAUUUUGGUUUUCAACAACCAUGGGAAGCCGAGGCUUUCGAAAUUCUACCAAUACUUUAAUGAAGAUAUGCAGCAACAAAUAAUUAAAGAAACGUUUCAGCUUGUGUCGAAACGAGAGGAUAACGUCUGUAAUUUUUUGGAAGGUGGAAGUCUCAUUGGUGGUUCUGACUACAAAUUGAUAUAUCGCCAUUAUGCUACUCUUUAUUUUGUGUUUUGUGUGGACUCGUCUGAAAGUGAAUUGGGAAUUUUGGAUUUAAUCCAAGUUUUUGUAGAAACUCUGGACAAAUGUUUUGAAAAUGUUUGUGAAUUAGAUUUGAUUUUCCAUGCCGACGCAGUGCAUCAUAUUUUAGCUGAACUCGUUAUGGGCGGAAUGGUUCUUCAAACAAAUAUGACCGACAUAUUAGCACGAAUAGAAGAACAGAAUAAACUAGUCAAGCAAGAAGCUGGUAUUUCGGCAGCUCCUGCCCGAGCUGUAAGCGCAGUCAAAAGUAUGAACAUUCCACAACAAAUUAAAGAUAUUAAGCUCCCCGAUUUACCUCAGGCAAUCAAGGAUUUGAAGUUCUGACCGGGUCAAAAUUCAGCCUCAGAAAUUUUGGACUCUUAUUUUACCAGCAAUUUAUCAUCAUCAUCGAUUAGUUCCGCAACGUUUGCUGCUUUGUCAACUACAGAGGCAGAUUAUUAUACAUUUCUGCGUCAAAGUACUUAUGAGCUCAUUGAUGACGAAAGCAGCAGUUUUUCUACUUCUAACUUUGCUUCCCCAACUAAUUGCAAUUCCGAUUACUACCAAAG